GUCUUGCUUAUUAAAAAAAAAACUUGGGGGAAGAACUGAAGAAGAAACUGUGAUUUGGGAAGAGAGAUUCAGAAAACCAAACGAUAAUGGGAAGCGCACCAGCUCAAAUUCCGACUAGUUUCGGCCAUGAGCUUAGGGCUUGUCUUCGUUGCAGACUCGUCAAGACCUACGACCAGUUCAGGGACGCUGGUUGCGAGAAUUGUCCUUUCUUCAAGAUGGAAGAGGACCACGAGCGUAUUGUGGAGGUCACUACCCCUAAUUUCAAUGGUAUAAUCUCUGUGAUGGAUCCAAGUAGAAGCUGGGCGGCUAGGUGGUUAAGAAUCGGGAAGUUUGCUCCUGGUUGCUACACGCUUGCGGUGUCAGAGCCACUCCCUGAGGAAAUGCAGUUCAUAUGCCAAGAAGAGCAUGUACAAUAUAUUCCGCCGAAACGCAUGUGAAGAUUCAAAUCCAUCAAGAAUACAAGACCAAGUAGUGUUCUUUCUCAUUUUAGCUAUGUACACAUUGAUAAGUUGCUGCUUGAUUUUGUAUCUUCUUCAAUCUUGUGAGGGGUCCAUGAUCAAAGUCUCCUACAAGUCAAAGACUCCUUUUAGGUUUCUUCCUUUUAAGUCUAAGAAAAACAAACAAAAAAAACAAAAGUCUUUUAAUGAGAACUUAGAAUUGUGUAGUCAAGAUCAAGACAAGACA